AUGGUGGGCAAGUUUUUCUAUGGCUCGUUCAUAUUCAAAAAUUUCAGGACAAAACGUGGCAGCUAUGAAAGGCCCAGCUACAUAGGGAAGCAGUAUGAUGAAAGCCAGCAACUAUCACCGCCUGGGAGCAUCGGACCACCAACUCCAAUAAAGCCUUCACAAACAGGAUAUGUGCCAGUAAAGCAGCCACCACCACCACCUUACGCACCCCCGCCUCCACCACAGCCUUACGUGCCGCCAGCACCACCACCUCCACCGCCACCGCCACCCCCAUCACCACGACCAACUUACGGAUUGAAACAAGGCCCAUCUAGCUAUGGUAGACCACCUUAUGUUGAACCACCACCACAUUACAGGCCGAAGAAAGGCUACGGUAGACCAGCAAUUGUAAGCCCACCAUCACUUUACAGACCAAGGCUAAGCUAUGGCAGACCACCGCAGCCUUAUCCACCAUUCAUAGAAGAUCCUUUUCCACAUGGUUCUUUUAGUCCACAAGAGUUUUCACCUGAAAACUUUGGAGAGCAGUUUGGUCCAAUUGGUCCAUUUGGCACUGGAAUGAAUCCUCAAUUCCCACUGCUGGGACAGCAAUCGCCCACUGGUUUCCCAGGCAGCCAAGCACUUGUACCUGCAUCUUCUAAGAUUGCUGAAGACCCCUCCUUGAAGAAGACUGUCUAA